AUGACACAACAUGGAGCAUUGUCAUCUCUGGAGACAACCUCUCAAGACAAUUCCAUUCUCCUCAAUAUCCCCCCAGAACUCCGCUUCCAGAUACUCGAAUUGGCUCUGGAUUUACCCCCGGGUGGUGUAUCACUGGGCCGUCCAGACCGCACAAACUGUCAAGAUGCCAUGUCCAUCUUUCUUGUCUCGAAGCAGAUAUACGCCGAAGCGGCACCCAUAUUCUAUCGAACCGCACGGAUUGACCUGCGCGGCUGCUCCAGCUUCUCCAAGACUUCGCCAGAAAAGGCCGUCCGGCGUUUCUUGCAAAUAUCCGAGAGACCGCGGCGGCAUAUCAGAGAUCUUUCCGUUUCCCUCGGUAUGGCUGACUGCUGCGAAUGUGAGUCCUUGGUCGGCCUUCAGCUGGAGAAGCAACUCGAUCUCAGGAGUUUAAACGUCUUCAUCGGGCCCGACUAUGCAUAUCCUCCUGUAGGUUGUGCGGUGCAUCCGCCAACGCGGCCGAGACACUUUUUCAAGUCACACCUCGACUCUGGCGAGCAAGUUACUGGUCCCAUUUGCUUGAAAGAGACACAGUAUCAGGCAUUUUUACAAUUCCUUACAAGGGCAAACUUUGGAAAGAUCGUGGUCAAGGUCCAUCGGUUUCAUGUUCACUUUCUUUGCCAAUUUCAUGUACCAGACAAGGGAAGAAAUUGCUACGGGGAGUGGCGAGGUCCUGAAGACUGGGUUAUAGUAGAUCAUGAAGCUAUGAUCGAGGCAUUGACCAAUGUGCAAGUCGACGACUCUGUGGCUGCUGAAAAAGGCUGUGUCGUUUACAGCCGGCGAGUAUAG